GGUACAAGUGUUAUGUCCGGAAUCCCCAAGACCUCCACUGGGUCUUGUUGAAUUCCCUUGCUCUUUCCUUCCCUUGACCAACAUUUUCCUGACCGUUUCCGGGAGCUAACGUGCCCCCUCUGCUGGAGGACAGCGUCAGGGCCAAGCACGCCGCCUGGUUGUUAUGGGUACCGCAGUGACGCGGUCGCCAAGGAGACCAAAGCGGAAACAGAGGAGCAGCCUGGCUGAGGUGACGCUAGAGACUGGGGUCUCAGAACAUGAAAGAAGAAAGAAUAUUUACCAACCAAUCUACUAAACGAAAAUGAAACAGAAUAACUGAAAGACACAAGGAACUAUGAGGCUUGCAUAACACAAAGUUUAUCUCCCUGGCUUCCAAAGAAAAAUUUUACUAAGUGGAAUAUUUUUUACCAAAAUUAACAAUCAUCAUGAACACCAAAGAUUUUGUAGUUCUUCCAUGGGGAAAAUCUGGGAAUUCUGUAAAACUAAAAUAUAAAAAUAUUCAAGAACUGCAAAUGGAAAAACUGCAAUUAGAAUUGGAGAACCAAAAGAUGGAAAAGAAAUUACAAGAAUUCCAGUCAUCAAGGAAUAGAGAAAAGGAGGAAAUAAAGUCAAGUGGAUAUCAUUGGAAAUCUGGAAAAGUGGUCAGUUUGAGUAAUCAAUCACGUAUGAUUUCACAAAAUAAGGGAACUGCUAUUAAGCUGUCUCCUGGCAAAGUAAAGUUAGAAUUACUGAAGCAGCAACUUCAAGAGCCAGUAAAACAACCCCUUCAUUACAAAAUGGCAAGUUUUUCUAGAACUGGAAAACCCAAGCUAAAAGGGAAGGUUUGUGGACAGUGUGAGGACAAAACUGCCCUACUAGUAUGCCUUGAAUGUGGUGAAGAUUAUUGUUCCGGAUGCUUUGCUAAAAUACACCAGAAGGGGGCACUAAAGCUCCACAGAACUACUCUUUUGCAGGCAAGAUCUCAAGUAUUAUCCAGAGUGUUGGAUGUUGCCCAUGAGUUUAUAAAGGAGGUCAAUCCAGAUGAAGCCAAAGGAGGGAACAAUUCUAUGAAAGAGACCAGUGUGACUCAACAUGUGACCGAAGUUCUAACUCCGAAAGGAAGCCACUCUGAGGUAGAAAUUACAACAACAGAAAGAGCUGAAUGUGCAGCGCCAGGAGAUAGGCUCUUGCAUGAAGGGUCAUUUGAUGAAGAAGCUUCUGCGCAGUCCUUUCAGGAAGCAUUAAGUCAGUGGAGAACUGGGAGCUACGAGAACCAGGAGAAACAGAACUUAUGUUCAGCAAAACCAGACUCAUCAGAAGAAUGUGAAGUACAAACUAAUUUGAAAAUUUGGAGAGAACCACUGAAUAUUGAAUUUAAAGAGGACAGUCUUUCCUAUAUGGAAAAGUUAUGGCUUAAAAAACACAGGAGAACUCCGCAGGAGCAACCUCUGAGCCUGCUACCGGAUACAUGCAUGCAUGCCUGUGAAAGCAGUACCGAGGCACAGUGUUUUCAGAACACUAAUGAUGAAGACAGCGAUGUUGAAGAGACCAAAAUACAAUAUCCAACAUUUUUUCUGCCAGUAGAAGAAUUAAACAUAGUAAGAUCUGAACCCUCUAUAAAGAUAAUAGAAUUGGAUGAUACUAAUGAAGAGGAAUUUGAAGAACCUGGAAGCCUUGUGCCUUACAAAGUUGAAUUAGCUAAUGCAGACAGUCAACUAAGGCAUACAUUUCAUGAUUAUCAGAAGAACAGUUUUCCAUGUGAGAAGGACAGCUAUCAAUAUCAUAUAUUCAACAAAGUAAAAACAGACCUCUCAAAGCUUGGUCUGCCCCAGAACUCUACAUAUUAUAAAGAUAACGUAAAAGCAGAAGGAGCUUCAAAUGCAGAUUUUGAAAACAUUGUGGAUCCCGAUUCAUACUCUCCUGACAUGGACAAAAUAGGGGAAAGCGGCACUUUUGAAAGAAAAUUGAGAGAGAAAAGUAUAAAUAUAGGAAGUAACCAAAAGUUUGAUGAUUCCAACAUAUUACCUGGGAGCAAUGAUUUCUUGUCAACUAUAGAUAAGUCUUUCUUUGAGGAGAAAUUAUCUCAAGAAAACAAAGAAUCUUUGGAAUUUAGCAAUGUGUAUGAGAAGCCAGAUUUUGAAGAUUCUACAGCUAGAGAGUCACGACUGUUGUUACAGGUAAUAGCCAUCAGAAACAAACAUAUAAGUCAACAAUAUCAAGGACUUGAAAGACUCUUUACUUUUGAUACAAAUGAAAGACACAAUUUUCUGCCUUCUCAUAGCUUACAGUACAGUUAUUCCUCUACUAGGAUUGCACUUUCAGGAGACAGAGAAUGGAUCCCAGAUAGUAGCCUGAGUGCACAUGCUGCUGACACGGCUGCCCUGCAGCCUCUACAGAGGGCCCAGCAUACAUCACCACGUGCAGAGCAGCAGAAAGGCCAGAAAUUACAGAGACCUUCAACAGCAAAUUUACCACUUUCUAGCACUAUUAAAAAGAGCUCCAACUGCCUUUCAUCCUCUCAUCCUCGAUCAAGAAGUGCAGCUGCUCGGCCAUUACCCAGAGCUGCUUCUGAAAUUUCAGAAAGUGAAUGUAUUGAUACGACCAGGCAGAAUGUGCCUUUCUUAGAUAACAUAGCUUAUCAGCCAUCUUUAGACAGUUCAGAGAAAGAAUCAAAUAUGCUUAGAAAUCUUGCAGAUCCUUCAGAAAAACUUUACAAUCUAACCUCAGAAGAAUUACCAGCUUUCAACAACCAUUCCCUGAAGAGAAGUCAGAUUUCUUCAGAUGUUUUCUACCCCUCAAAUGUGAGGGGCCCCUGUGGAGUUGAGGAGCUAAGCUCUUCUGGAGAAGAUACCAAAAUGCAGUCUUCACUGUCACUUUCUGAGAAUCAUACAGAUGAGGAGAAAGAAGAUUUUCUUGACAAGCAACUUGUCAUCACAGCAUCAUAGUCAAAAAGUACUUAA